UACCGACCAGAGCGCCAAUGAAGGCAACGUGGGCAACCCGGAAACUACCUUCGCGAAACAGCAGCUGGGCACAAAGGGGACUGAGACAAAGAUCCUCGGUAUGGGUUGGAACAAAGCUCAAGACCGUUUAAGUGUUGUAGCAAACAAAGAACGAGACGCAGCAUCUACGAAAAGGGAGGCCCUGUCGCAGGUUGCAAGUGUGUACGACCCACUCGGCCUGGUUUCCCCAACUACCCUAGUAGCAAAACUACUGUACCGUGAAAUGUGUGAAGAGCAACUUGCCUGGGAUGAAGAACUUAACGGUUCUUUGAAGAGACGGUGGAAAGAGUGGUACGAAAACCUGCCAGGCCAGUACACGGUCCCUCGAACUUUAGCCCCUCACAGAGAGCCAGUACAGUCAAUCACCCUUCACGGAUUCGGGGAUGCCAGUAAGAAUGGAGUUUCUGCGGUCGUCUACGCAGUCGCAGAGCAAGAAAGCGGAACAACCCAAGGUAUCGUGUGUGCAAAGUCCAGACUUGCGAAGAAGAGCCUCACGAUUCCCCGUUUAGAGCUUGUCGCUGGUCAUAUGACCGCAAACUUAGUGACGAACGUCGAGCGAGCGAUCGGAAUGGAGAAGGUGACCGAGAUACACUGUUGGUUGGACUCGACAGUCGCGUUAUAUUGGAUCAAUGGACAAGGCGAGUACCGGCAAUUCGUAUCCAACCGAGUGAAAAAGGUCAAAGAACUCGACCGGAUCAGAUGGCAUCAUGUCCCAACGAACGAGAAUCCCGCUGACGAUGAAUCAAACGGCACACAAGGACGUGUUUGA